UCGUGCCGCGGUGUUUGACGAGUGUGGGGGAGAUGGAUUUGUAGAGGAGAGGAGGAGAGGAGGAGAGGAGAGGAGGGGACAUGGGCGGGGCGGAGGCGCCUCUCAUUCCCCCUCCAUGCUUAGCGGGGCAGCAGGGCUGGAGAGACCUCCGGGGAGCACAGUCGCCAGUCCAGCACGGAGACUCGCCUGGCCAAAAAACCGCGCCGCACAUUUGCCAGGAUUGCCAAAUAUUCCUGAAAAAUAUACCUGCUAUUUAUGGCAUGUGGCUUGUACUUUUACUCCUGCUGUACUCUCUCCAAGAAGUACACAGUGAGGAUGUGGGCUCUACCAGGCUGUACUUUGUGAAUGCCUCCCUGCAGAGGGUAACCUACUCCAGCUCGGUGGGGGUGUCCCUGCCCUGUCCAGCAGGGGGCACCCCCAGUGCCAUUCUCCGCUGGUACCUGGCCACCGGCGACGACAUCUACGAUGUGCCCCACAUCCGCCACGUGCACGCCAAUGGCACUCUGCAGCUCUACCCCUUCUCGCCCUCCGCCUACAACAGCUACAUCCACGACAACGACUACUUCUGCACUGCCGAAAACCAGGCCGGCAAAAUCCGCAGCCCCAACAUCCGCAUCAAAGCUGUUUUCAGGGAGCCGUACACCGUGCGAGUGGCAGACCAGCGCUCGAUGCGGGGCAACGUAGCUGUGUUCAAGUGCCUCAUCCCCGCUGCUGUGCAGGAGUAUGUCAGUGUCGUGUCCUGGGAGAGAGACACUGUUUCCAUCAUCCAAGGUAACAGGUUCUCGCUCACGUCCUUCGGAGCGCUUUACAUCUCCGACGUUCAGAAGGAGGACGCCCUCUCGACGUACCGCUGCAUCACCAAACACAAGUACAGCGGCGAGACGCGGCAAAGCAAUGGCGCCAGGCUCUCCGUGAUGGACCCCAACGAGUCCUCGCCCACCAUCCUGGACAGCUUCCAAGCAGGGGAGGUGUACGCGGGCCAGAGCAUUGAGCUUCCCUGCACAGCGGGAGGUUACCCAAGCCCUACCGUGCGCUGGCUGAAGGAUGGCCGCCCGCUGCCCUCAGAUGCCCGCUGGACACGGCGUUUGACAGGGUUGACCAUCAGCGACCUGAGGCAAGAGGACAGCGGCAGCUACGCCUGCGAGGUCACAAACAGUUUUGGCUCAAAGGAGGUGUCUGGACAGCUUCACGUUAUAGAUCCUCUGCGAGUGACCUUGUCCCCUAAGAAUCUGAAAACGGGCAUCAGCAGCACACUCUUCUUCACCUGCACUGUGGAGGGCUCUCCGGAAUACACCAUCUCCUGGUACAGAAACACCGAGCCCAUCGUCCCCGACCAGCACAUCUCCAUCCAGGGGCAACACAACGACACGCUGCAGAUCACCGCAGCGCAGAAGUUCCACUCCGGGGCCUACCAGUGCUUCGCCUCCCGAAAGGGUCUCACUGCUCAGGACUUUUCCAUUAUUCUGCUCGAGGAUGGUACCCCUCGUAUUGUGGCUUCCUUCAGCGAGCGGGUGGUGAACCCCGGCGAGCCCUUCUCCCUCAAAUGUUCGGCCAAAGGAGCCCCGCCUCCCUCCAUCACCUGGACGCUGGACGACGAGCCCGUGGUGCGAGACUCCACCUACAAGACCAGCCAGUACACGCUGUCGGACGGGCUGACGGUGUCGCACGUCAACGUCAGCAGCCCGCUCAUACGAGAUGGAGGAGUGUAUCGCUGCGUUGCACGCAACUCGGCCGGUAGCGCAGAGUACCAAGCGCGCAUAAACGUAAGAGGUCCACCUCGAAUUAGACCCAUGCGCGACAUCACCGCAGUGGCAGGCAGGAACACCUACAUAACGUGCCGUGUGAUUGGUUACCCGUAUUACUCCAUCAAGUGGCUAAAGGACGGCAUGCAGCUGCCGGAUAAUCACCGUCAAGUGUUGUUUGAGAAUGGUACGCUGCGGCUGACGGACGUGCAGAAGGGCGCAGAUGAGGGCACCUACUUAUGUAGCGUCCUGAUCCAGCCCCAGGUGUCAAUCAACCAGACCGUCCAUGUAACUGUCAAAGUUCCGCCGCUCAUCCAGCCCUUUGAUAUCCCCUCUACCUCAGUGGGGAAGCUCAUGUACAUUGCCUGUGUGGUGUCAUCUGGGGACAUGCCCAUACGCAUCACCUGGCACAAAGAUGGCCAGCUCAUCGUGCCAGGCUCCGCCUCUGGCGUUGCAAUCGAGACCAAAGAGUUCAUGAGCUCCCUGCAAAUAUCCAAGGUGACACUGAAGCACAAUGGAAACUACACCUGCAUCGCCAGCAACGCCGCUGCCACCGUCAGCUGGGAAAGACAGUUGAUUGUGACUGUACCGCCACGUUUUGUGGUGCAGCCCAACAACCAGGACUGCAUCUACGGGAAAGCAGGCGUUCUCAACUGCUCUGUGGAGGGUUACCCGCCUCCCAAAGUCAUGUGGAAACAUGCCAAAGGUGUAGGAAACCCUCAGCAGUACCACCCAGUUCCUCUAACCGGCCGGAUCCAGAUCAUGUCAAACGGCUCUCUGCUCAUCCGACAUGUUCUUGAGGAUGACCGAGGGUACUACCUGUGUCAGGCGUCCAACGGCGUGGGCUCAGACAUCAGUAAAAGCAUGAUCCUCACUGUCAAGAUCCCUGCGAUGAUCACCAGCCACCCCAACACCACCAUGGCGAGAAAGGGCCAGACCAAGGAGCUGAACUGCACGGCGCGCGGCGAGCAGCCCAUCAUCAUUCGCUGGGAGAGAGGGGACACCGUCAUCGACGCGGAGAGGAACCCGCGUUACUCCAUCACCAUCAACAAGAAGGGGGACGAAGUCAUUUCAACUCUAAAGUUGAAUCCAGCCGAGCGAGGAGAUUCUGUCUUCUUCUCCUGCCACGCCAUCAACUCCUACGGAGAGGGUCGAGGCCUCAUCCAGCUCACUGUGCAAGAGCCACCAGAUCCUCCAGAGCUGGAAGUGAGGGAGGUGAAAGACAGGAGCAUGAACCUGCGCUGGAUCCAAAGGUUUGAUGGGAACAGCAUCAUCACCAGUUAUGACAUCGAGUACAAGAACAAGUCAGACUCCUGGGAUCACAUGUACACAACCAGGAACAUCUCCCCCACUAACAACCAAGCCAACAUUGUGGAGCUGCACCCGGCCUGCGUUUACAGCAUACGCAUGUACAGCUACAACAAGAUUGGCCGCAGCCUCCCCAGCAAAGAGCUCACAAUCAGUACUGAAGAAGCGCCACCUGACGGGCCGCCAAUGGACGUCAUCCUCCAGCCGAUGACGUCUCAAAGCAUACGGGUUACAUGGAGGGCCCCCAAGAAGGAGCUGCAGAACGGCGUGAUCCGAGGCUACCAGAUCGGCUACCGAGAGAACGGCCCGGGCAGCAACGGGCAGUACAGCAUAGUGGAGAUGAAAGCGACAGGGGACAGUGAAGUGUACACCUUGGAUAACCUGAAGAAGUUUGCCCAGUACGGGGUAGUGGUCCAGGCCUUCAACAGAGCAGGGACUGGACCCUCCAGUACUGAGAUCAAUGCUACAACACUGGAGGACGUGCCGAGCGAGCCUCCGCAGAACGUGCGAGCCAUCUCGGUGACGUCGGACGAGGCGGUGAUCACGUGGGCGGAGCCUCCGCGGCUGACGCUGCACGGCGUGCUGAAAGGCUACCGGGUCGUGUUUUGGUCCCUCUUCCCUGACGGAGGUGGGUGCUGUGGGGGCCAGACCCAGUGGCCAAUGCAGAAAUGGGGAGAGAUGCAGAAUAUCACCACGAUGCGAGAGCAGGUGGAGCUGCGAGGGCUGGAGAAGUUCACCAACUACAGCGUGCAGGUGCUGGCCUACACACAAGCUGGAGACGGGGUCCGCAGCAAUGUCCUGUAUAUCCAAACCCGUGAGGACCUUCCUGGUCCGCCAGCCGGCAUCAAGGCAGUUCCCUCGUCCCCAAAUAGUGUAGUUGUGUCCUGGUUACCUCCUCACAAACCAAAUGGUGUCAUCCGCAAGUACACCAUCUACUGCUCCAGUCCAAACUCGGGACAACCAUUUCCUCUGCCCCAGGCGCCAAGUGAGUACGAGGCCAACCCCGAGAUGCUCUUCUACCGCAUUACACACCUCACGCGUGGUAAACAAUACCACAUCUGGGCUGCAGCCGUAACAACUGCUGGCCGUGGGAACAUCAGCUCAAAGGUCACAGUGGAACCUGCUGGGAAAGUCCCAGCUAAGAUCCUGUCCUUCAGCGGCACAGUCACCACACCUUGGAUGAAAGAAGUGCGUCUGCCCUGCAGCUCCGUGGGAGAGCCCGCCCCCACAAUUAAAUGGACCAAAGACAGUGAGGACUCUGCCAUUCCGGUGACAGCUGACAAUCAGCGGCAGAUCUUAUCCAAUGGAACGCUGGUGCUGCGUUCGGUCAAAGCAGAGGAUUCUGGGUAUUACACCUGCACGGCCACGAACACACUGGGAUUCGACACCAUCAUCGUCAACCUCGUAGUGCAAGUUCCUCCCGACCAGCCUCGUCUGACCGUCUCCACCACCUCCACCUCCUCCAUCACGCUGGCUUGGAUUCCUGGGGACAACGGAGGAAGCUCCAUCCGAGGAUUUGUGCUGCAGUAUUCUGUGGACAACACAGAAGAGUGGAGGGACGUGUUCAUCAGCUCCAGCGAGCGCUCCUUCAGAUUGGAUAAUCUCCGCUGUGGAACGUGGUACAAGGUCAAGUUGGCAGCCAAGAACAGCGUGGGCUCGGGCCGCAUCAGUGAGAUCAUUGAGGCCAAAACCCAUGGAAGAGAACCCGUGUUCAACAAAGACCAGCCGUUGCUCACCCACAUCAACUCCACUCAUGCAGGACUCAACCUGCAGGGCUGGACCAGUGGCGGCUGCCCCAUUACUGACCUGAUGCUGGACUUCCGACCCAAAGGAACCUGGGCCUGGCAGACCCUGAAGGCCAACACCACCACUCAGCUGUUCCUCAGCGAGCUGCGGGAGGCCACCUGGUACGAGCUCAAAAUGAAGGCCUGCAACAGUGCAGGGUGUGGAAACCAGACCUCCCAGUUUGCCACUACAGACUAUGACGGCAGCACAAUACCACCCAUCAAAUCAGCCCGCGGCGAAGGCGACGAUGUAAAGAAGCUGUUCUCCAUCGGCUCUCCCGUCAUCCUGGUCACUCUGGGCGUUGCCUUGCUCUUCAUCAUCCGCAAGAAACGCAAGGAGAAGAGGCUCAAGCGUCUAAGGGAUGCCAAGAGCCUGGCUGAGAUGCUUAUCAGCAAAAACAACCGCAGCAUAGACACACCUGUGAAGGGCCCUCCUCAAGGACCGAGGCUCCACAUCGACAUCCCGCGCGUUCAGCUGCUCAUUGAGGACAAGGAAGGCAUCAAGCAGAUAGGGGAGGACAAGGCAGCGGUCCCAGUGACAGACACUGAGUUUAGCCAGUCAGUCAAUCCACAGAACUUCUGCACAGGCGUGUCUCUGCAUCACCAAGCCCUCAUCCAGAAUUCAGGGCCUUUGAUUGACAUGUCUGACAUCCGCCCAGGCACGAACCCUGUGUCCAGGAAGAGUAUAAAAUCAGCUCACAGCUCCAGGAACAGAUACUCCAGUCAGUGGACACUGAGCCGACCCAGUGUGAGCCAGUCGACAGCCUCGGCACGAACUCUGACCUCAGACUGGCGAACGAUGGGCUCUCACGGCAUCACUGCCACUGAGAGUGACAGCUACAGUGCCAGCCUCUCCCAAGACACAGAUAAGGGUCGCAACAGCAUGGUGUCGACGGAGAGCGCCUCCUCCACCUAUGAGGAGCUGGCAAGGGCCUACGAACACGCCAAACUGGAGGAGCACCUGCAGCACGCCAAGUUCACCAUCACAGAGUGUUUCAUCUCUGACAGCUCGUCUGACCAGAUGACCACAGGUACCAACGACCCAGCAGACAGCAUGACCUCCCUCAGCACGCCGUCUGAACCGGGCAUCUGCCGCUUCACAGCCUCACCGCCCAAGCCACAGGACUAUGACCGCGGUAAAAACGUGGCCGUGCCCAUUCCCCACCGCGCGAACAAAAGUGAAUUCUGCAACCUACCCCUCUACAUGAAGACAGACCCAUUCUUCCGCAAGCAAGGGGAGCUGCAUGACCCAUGCCCGGCUGUGCCACCACGGGAAGCCUCAAUCCGCAGCCUUACGCAGCGAGCGUAUCACACCCAGGGCCGUCACAAAACUCUAGACCCUACCAAGCAGCAGGCUCUUACGCUGGGCCACUCUGGGCCAAGUAGCCUGGGCUCAAGCUUGGGCACCGCCACCUUGCCUCAAAGAACUCUCACCAUGCCCAGCUCCAACGCUGCAGCGACAGCUUCCACUUCCAGCACGGGCAGCAACCCCGCCAACAUUAACAAGGGGGGCUCCAGAGACUCGCUGCUCGAGAGCAGCUCCUCUGCACUGGGGAGACUGCAGAAACAGAGUGUGGGGGCCUACUCGAAGUCAUACACACUGGUGUAGUCCCUUCUCUUGCACAGACUCGCUCUCUUCAGUCUGGGCCGGAAAGGUCCCGCGACCAUCUUUCUUUACACCCAACUAAUGGUGAACUGCCCAGCAUCUUGACUAAUUCUCCUCGGGAUCAGUUCUCUUCCAGACAGAGACCUAGCUAACCCUACUUUUCAUGUUCACCUCUGUGGGACUCUGCAAAAAGAACUACUAACUCCAACUAACGGUUCCGGUCGGCUGGUGCUCAGCUCCGCUCAGUAUUCACGGGAGUUGCACAGCACGUAGCGAUUCUGUGGUCAUUUGGAAAUAUUGACUCUUACCAAGGAGCUUAAAAGCUCUGUGUUUAUGACGAUGAAGACUACAAUAGCCAGUAUGAAGCUGUGUGGCCAUCCCGUCUCUCUCACACACACAUGCUGUCCUCCAUAGUUUGAGUAUUACUGUCAAUUUGCAGGAUGUCCAGUUAAGUUCCCUAAUUCUUACUGUAUCUUUCACCCUCUGUGUGUCUCUUAAAAAGUCCCAACUGACAAAUUCGAUUCCAAAAGAAAUGAUUCAGGUUCACAUCCAGGAAAAGAAAGAAAAAAAGACUUCUCUCACAUUAAUGUGACAGAAUCUCUCCAGCUGAAAAGUGUAUAACGUUUUAAACCCAAAUGAACCAGCCAUGAACGCUCACAUUACAAAUAGAGAAUAUUUGGUGAUAUAAAGAAUUUACAUAUAUAUUUGUAUGUAGGUAUAUUAUUGACAUUUACGUUAAAUUAUGACAAAGUAUAAAUUGUAUAUGUGCCACAACAUAUGUGUGUGGUGGUGCAUACAAAAAUUAAAUGUUAAUGUCAAAUUUAAGAACGAGACAAUCGCUCAAUCAUGGAAUUUAAAGAAGAGAAAUUUAAAAAAAAAGAUUUGACUAAAGACAGAACAAAGUUUAGUAUAUAUAUGGGAUUUUCUGCACAUUACUGUAUGUAGACUGACUAAGAGAAGAGUGUUUUUGCUCCUGUUGAGAUGAGAAAAGCAUGAUAGGCGACUUAGGUUUAGUUUAAGGUCCUGAAACAGGAAACACUGACUGGUUGGAAAGAUUUUAACUCACUGACUCGCAACGCCUAUUUCACUGUGUGUGUGUGUGUGUGUGUGUGUACGAUGGUAACAAUCAUGGCAGAAAAGGACAAAUGCUGUUUGACUCUAGCUAGCCAGUUGCGACUCAGAUGAGUUAAUACGUGUACAUUCAGAAACCAAAAUCAGUAUUACGGAGAAUCACCAAAUGCAGAUGUUUAUUGGGAGGAGUGUUGCUGCAAAGGCUGGAGACACAAGUUACGAUACAAAAAUAAAGAAAUCACGUUCAGGGGCACCCCUCUACAAACCCCUUCAUGUUACAUUUUACAACUCAACGUUUACAGAUUUGCUGACGAGUAGCUUUAUUGUCGUCUCCAUGCAGGAAGCUAUGAGUGGCCCUCGUUCAGACCUGGUACUAACAUCUGUCCUGUCAUUAAAAAGAACCCUGCGACCACAUGAUGUAUCUGGUUACUGUCGUCAUGUCUGUCAGCCAAUAACAGAGUCAUGUGUUUCACACGUCUGACUGUACAGACUUGCCCGCUCUUAAUUUGGGUGUGAUUACGAGAAAGUGGACGAAAAGAGACACGGAAUUAUAUUUGGACCAUUCGAAAAGUACAUCAUGUGGACACAUAACAGAUUCAGGACAAAUGUUAAUCAGGUCUGUGCAGGUUCUAUUUCUCCCAGAGCCUCAUACAGUAGCCAGUUACAAUAACGUGCCAAGAAAGGGGAGCACACAGUCUACCUGUCUUUCUCUCUCUCCCUCCAGAACACUAAUGAUAAUAACAGUAAUCACAAUAAUACUCUCUGGGGGGGGGGGCCCUACCGUCCCCUCCCUCCUUAAGGUGCCCCCAUGUAUCCUAACUUGUCAGUCUGCCGCAGUGCCGCUCAGCUCUUCAAAGACAGGACGACAACUUGCUGAAGGAAUCCCAGUCAUGAUGUGAAUGAAAAAGAAUAUAAUGAAAGAUGUUAUACUGUAUGUCAGGGAGUUCAGUUUUAAGAAAUUAUAUAGUGUUCACUCAAUUGAUAUCUUUGUUGUUUCCCUGUUUGAAGUACUGUAUACAGUGUCCCAUUUUAUUUCCACCCCUCCAUUUUGCACUGAAGGAGCUUCUGGCAUGUCUUUUCAAAACAUUGCCACGAUAGCAGGUUUUUUUUGUGGUUUAUCUUUAUUUGUCAAUUUGAUUUUUGUUUGUUUGUUUGUUCAGGGGAGGUGGUCAUUUUUUUUGGUCUUUUUUUAUUUUUGAUUUAUAAUACUUGUUUGAAUUUGUUUGGGAUUUUUGUCAGAAAAAAACAAAACAGAAAUUGAAUCCAGAGGUCAAACAACACUACAGUUUGUGGCCUGUGACUAAAAAACCAGUUCAGCCAAGUGAAAUCAGGGACUUGUAGCUCUUUUGGUCACACAAACUACUCUUGUAUUGUGUAUAUACUGGACUGGAGUUGGUCUGUAAACCUGAAGCAUUCAUUCUCCCGUCCAUUUCCCCUGUUGAGAUAAAUUAAAGUAAAAAAUUCACCACCCUAAACAUACUGGAUCCAUCAACAUACCUUUGUCAGUGUUGUUUAUAGAUUAAGUCUUGUACAUAAAACACAGUUUUGUAUGAAGAGCUAUUUUCGUCAGAAUAAAUCAGGGGACACAUCAGGGUUGAAUGCCCCAAUUUCAAAAUUGAAAUAGUAUCAAAAAUUCAAUAUUUUACUUCUGAAAUGGGCAAACAAAAACAUUUUACUUUCCCUUUGUUUUUGAUACUAAUUUGUUGAAUUUUUAUUCUUUUUUUUUAAAGGUCUUUUGAUGUUGUCAUUUGUCCUAUUAACUUUUUUUAUUAUCAUUAUUUUGUAUUUUGUUCAUCCUCUAAAAAAAACAUUGCAUGCUUGCUAAAAGGGAAAAAUCGAGAGAAAAAAUUUAUGAAAAUCAAAAGAUUAAAAAAAAUGUUGAGGGUAUCCCAAACAUUUGUUUGAGUUGCUUGUUAUAGCAAUUGCUUGUGUUUAAAGGUACAUUUUCUAUGAAAAGAAAGCAAAAACUAAAAAGAUCAUUCUAACACCUUGUGCAAUAAAGCUAUCUUUCAUACGCCAUG